UUCAUUUGUAAUUCUGUAAUUCCAAACAUGAGUCAUAUUUCGUAAGAGUGCAAUUCUGACAUAUAGUGUCACACUAUAAUUUCAACUUGAUAAAUUAUAAUAAACUCUAUGAUGUACUACUUAAGCAAGUAUCUGAUUACACUGAGUUCUGAUUGGCUGAGGAGAGAUAAGUUACUCAAAGCCACUACUGGUGGUGUAUAAAAACCUCAUAGUGCCAGUGAGUACAGUGAAAUUAACGUUCAGGACAACAAGGGAUACAUGGAUAAUUGAUCAAAAAAAUGUGUAUGAUGAGAAACAUUUAUUGCUAUAGUCUAUUUUAUGCUAAUUCAAGAGAUAACAAGGUUAUGACAUUUAUUUUAUUUUCCCUGGAUGUGCGUACGUGGAGGAAAACCCUCUGUGUUGAAGCAAGAUAAUGUCAGACAGGCAGAGAGGGUGAUCUGUAGGGUUGAUAGGGCUAACUGCUCUUCACCGGGCUGCUCUGAUAACAGCUGCAUUAGACCAGCCGAGGGUCCACUUACAUUCAUCAUCCACUAAUACAGCAGGCUGUGAACCAAUUACAGACGCUCUGCCACCAUGUCCGAAGAGGAAACUGUACCGUUCUUAGUGGCGAACAAGAAGGAGCUCAUCGAAGCCAAACGCACCAGCAUCACCGUGGGGGACCGGGUCAUAGUCGUCAUUCAUCACCAGGGAGUUUUCUAUGCUAUGGAUGCGCACUGUUAUCAUGCAGGUGGAUCUUUGUUAAAUGGAGAUAUUGAGGAAAUUGACAACAAGCUUUGCAUUGUGUGUCCAAAGCACAAGUACAAGAUCAGCCUGGCAGAGGGCGAGGGGCUUUACAACGCCUCAAAUCCAAAAGACAAAGACAAGCCGCCUUGCUGGUUGUCCAAAGGCAUAAAACAACGAGUACACAAGGUGACUGAGGUGGACGGGAACAUCUACGUGACGCUGUCCGAAACACCUGGGUGGAUCGACUCGGACUAUUAUCAGACUGAAAAGGGCAGAGCGGAGCUGAAGAAAGCAAAGGAUUCAGACACGGACAAAUCAGCGACAAGCUAAUUGCCAGGAAUGACCGAUGAGACAAAAGUUUCUGAAUGCAUGAGGAUGGAUAUUGAAUGCUAGCUAUCUUACUGAUAUUUCUUCAUUUUAAAGAUUGUCAGGACUGUUUAAGCAUUAAAUACGUAAGGAAUAAAACACGAUAAGGUGUGCUGUUAUAGAAAAAUAAUCACUGACCGGAUGGUGUCAUGCGGAAAGCUGUUACCACCCCGGAGUGGAUUAUUUUCCUGGCUCAGCAUGCCCCGAAGUGUUUUAUUCCUCUUAUACCUCACCAAUUUGUU